AUGAUAUCGACCACCAGCCCAUUACCACAGUCGAGACCAUUCCCUCAGGAAUAUAACAGCCAGCUGAUGAUCAACAGAACACCAGCACAUGAACAGAGCGCAACCACGACCAGGCGCGAGAUGAACUCAGACUAUGAAGAGCUAGCAGUGCCCACCAUCAACCCGUACAACGAGACCCCGUCGAGGGAGCCAUUCAAUAUCGACCCAGACCUCGUCCGAAUCUUGACCAAGAACCAAGCCAUCAUCGAGCGCUCUGCACCCCGCUUCGUCAUCAGCUCCAUCCGUCCGGGGGACAUCGACCGUUCGCUGAUCCACAUCAUCGCGCUCACCCGUCUCGACAGAUUGGGCAGAUUGCACGAGUCCGAGAGCUUGUACUUCCACGACUUCAGCCGGAUCGUCAAGCACAAAUACGGCUCCUCUUGUCGCUACCUCAAAACGCGUCUAAACUUCCACCCGAACCCAGUCACUGGCGGGCCGAACGACAUCCAAUUCUUCUGUGCCGACGGCUCGCUGCGAGAUUGGCUGGAUUACCGGGUGACCAAGAACGAGUGGCCUUACGCGAUCCCCCACGAGUACCAACAUAUGGUGGUGUGGAGCAGAUUGCCCCUGCUCGAUCCCAGCCAAGCCCGGACCGCAACCGAGCUAUCCGACGCCCACGAGGUCGGCCUGUCCGGGUUCGAGAACCUGUCGCCCGAGUUCGUCGCGCUGCUCGACAUCGCCGGCUUGAACACCCACAACCGCUUCACUUCCUCCCCCGAAAACCCUCCGCCUCCCGCGUCUGGCGGCCGGUUGGACACCCAGAUCCGCCGCUUCGUCGCCGCUCGUUGGCCUCGCGAGCAGGGAUUUGUCGACUCCAUGUGGUUCCUCAACCCCGUCCAUCUCCAGUCUUGUCCUCAACUCCCUCACUUCCAUGUCUUUGUCAAAAAAAUCUGA